GCAGAGUCCUAAUUGAAGAUUAUAUGGUACUGAAAUUUGGAAGGCGUAUUCACAGAACAAAGAAAUGGGAGAGAUAACCUACCCACAGAACUCAGGAGCAGCCUGAAAAUUUUAUCAGAGGUAGAUGUAUUAAAAAAAGAGGACACCAUUAUGGCUGCUACAGUGAACUUGGAGCUUGAUCCCAUUUUUCUGAAAGCCCUGGGCUUCUUACAUUCGAAGAGUAAGGACUCUGCUGAAAAGCUGAAAGCACUUCUUGAUGAGUCUUUGGCCAGAGGAACUGACUCAAGCUAUCGUCCAUCUCAGAAGGAAGUAGAGCAACCAAAAGUGUCUGUAACCAAACCUGUUUCCAGUAAGCAAGAGCCUAAAGCUUCUUCUGUUUUGCCUUCGGGCAACAACAAUGGCAAGCCUGCUUCGUCAGAAAAGGUGAAAAAAGAAACAGAAAAGAGAUCUGCUGAUAAAAUAAAAGGGGAUAGUGCUGAAGGAGCUGAUACACCAAAGAAGCCCAGACUAGAGAAGCAAGAGGCUCGUUCCUCUCCUAUUACGGUUCAGACAAGCAAGGAUUUAUCCAUGCCUGAUUUAUCUAGCUUUGAGGAAACCAGUGCUGAUGAUUUUGCUAUGGAAAUGGGAUUAGCCUGUGUUGUUUGCAGGCAAAUGACAGUUACUUCUGGGAAUCAGCUAGUGGAGUGUCAGGAGUGCCAUAAUCUCUACCACCAGGAUUGCCAUAAACCUCAGGUGACAGACAAGGAAGUGAAUGAUCCUCGACUUGUAUGGUAUUGUGCCCGCUGUACCAGGCAGAUGAAGAGAAUGGCUCAAAAGACACAAAAACCACCUCAAAAACCAGCUCCUGCAGUGGUUUCAGUUGUACCAGCUGUGAAGGAUCCGUUGGUUAAGAAGCCAGAAAUUAAGUUAAAACCUGAGACCCCACCAACUUUUCUAGCAUUCAAAAGAACAGAAGUCAAGACCUCAGCAGCAAUUUCAGGGAACUCAGCCAGUACAAGUGUUUCCUCUUCAGCAACCAGUGGCCUUACAGGAUGGGCUGCUUUUGCAGCCAAAACCUCCUCUGCCAACCCAUCAACUGCCAAACUGGGGUCAACAGCACAGAGCGCCAGUGGGAAACCUGCAGCUUCUUCCAAUAACCAGAAACCUGUGGGUUUGUCAGGGUUGGCAACUUCCAAACCAGGACUAGGGUCAAAAGUAGCUCCUGCUAACAACAGCACAAACCCCGUUCAGCUGAAACCUCCUCCACCUCUGACACUGGGGAAAACCACUCUUAGCCGUUCGGUAAGCAGCGACAAUGUCAGCAAAGUAGGUCUCCCUAGUCCCAGCAGUACCGUGCCGAGCACCAGCAGCCAGGUGAGCAGCGGGAACGGCAGCAGCGGGACCGCAGGUAACAGCGGGGGCAACGCAAGCAAAACCGCGGCAGAUACUGGUAAUCAGCCAGCCUCCCUGAAAGGCCCGACUUCUCAGGAAUCUCAGCUCAAUGCUAUGAAAAGAUUACAAAUGGUCAAGAAGAAGGCUGCUCAAAAGAAACUCAAGAAGUAGUAUGGCUGCUUGCUAAUUUUGUUGGUUGUGUUCUGUAAAACAGCG